AAGCUCAAGCAGCCCACCCACGCCCUCUAGUGGGCACUUUCCGCGCAUGUCACCGCAGGCGGGAACUCGUUAGUGUUUGUUGGAGCUCGUCGCUUCACUGUCGGGGUGACUGCCAGCCGGCAUUUGCCGGGUUUUAAAAACGUACCCGGAAUUAAAAGUGUGUUCAGUAGCGAUGUAGUGAUUUCGAGAAGACUCGGCGAGGUGGUAUUGUAAACAGUUGACCAAACUACGGAUUUCGUUUUGGAUUAAUUUGUCCCCGCGUUCUAUGUUUGCAUACACUACAGUGGGGAAGUCGUGGUGCCUCAUCCAUCAUCUGGACCGGAAGUGCUGAAUGUAUGUGCAGGUCACCCUCACUGCCAAUUUGACCUGGGCCGAGCAGGGGAGCCCCAUCAGGUCCUGUCGGCGGCCAGAUUUACUGCAGGAUGGGUAACUUUUCAAGCAAGGACAGCCAUGGGCUCACAGGGAACCACUUAGAUAGUUUCCACACUCCUCCUGCUUCCCCUGAAAGCGACAUACCUGUACUUGUACCCCAGCUCCUUCCUUCCACAUCAGCUAAAGUGUCCCAUUCAGUUUCAUCUUCACCUCUAGUAUCGGUGCUCCCAUCGUCUAGCGCUAAGAGAUCACAGACAAGUUCUGCCAUUUCUGCACCUGAGUGGAGGCCUGCUCCUUCACGACUCAACUCAAACAGCUCUUUGACUGGAUUAGCAGUCAGCCAAGUGGCCACGAAGCCAGACAAUACAGUACCAGUGAAAGGACAUAAUACCGUGGCAAGGAAUGGGGGUCCUUCUUCUUCUACCCCUCGGACUGUGCCAGUCAGCCCUUCAAAGAGUCCAUCUGCUACGUGUAGCACCUCACCUGUGUGCAGCUCCUCUGGGCCCAAAUGGCGAGAGAGGGACAGCGUUCUGAGUCAGUCUCUGCUACAGGGACCAGAGGCUGGAGACAUCCAGGCAAAAGAACUGGAGACACUGCUAGAAGAAUGUCGGACAACAUUGGGGAUCACGGUCAGUCAGGAAGGGCCCAAAAACGUCACAGAGAUGCUGAAAUGCCUCCAGGUUGAAGUGAAGAAUUUGAAGAGUACAUUGCAGACAGAACGUACAGAAUGGCUGCAAUUCCAGGCCGACCUGCAGGUAGCAGUGUCAGUAGCUGACCGUCUCAGAGCCGAGACUGAAGAGGCGCUGACGGCAAUCCAGACAGCUCAUAAGGAUGCGGAGAGGGAACUAACUGCUGCCCAGCACAGACAGAAGGAGGCUGACAUGCAGCUUCUCACUUUGAGACGGGAGUUAGAGGAGAGCAGGCGGAAGCUGGCUACUCUGAGUCAGACUGCCAACGAAAUAAAUGUCCAAGAAGGAGAGAAGACCCAACCUCCGAAGAACUCUGACAUCAAAGAGGAGAGCCAGAGAGGCAGGGAGAGAGGGGUGCAACAGGUGACUGGGAGCGCUAAUGAUACCAUUAAGAGUGCUGACAGAGAGAACUGUGUAGCUGUCACUAAACGAUACCUAAGAAAUGUGACCAAUCAGGAAAGGAGGGUGGAGGAGGUGUCUGAGUCACGGAGAACAGCAGCUGCUGAGAGAUCAAGAAGUCUAUCAAGAUUACCAGCUUCCUCAGAUUCUGUUACGUUACUGAAUGGAACUUCUCAGCCUACCACAGUUACAUCUGAAUUUACCAACAAGAAGUUGGGGCAACUUAAAGGACGUAGAAGUUUGGACCAACAAGAGAGCAGGACAAACACAGAUACAGGAAAACGUGAGGAGUCUUUAAACAAGUACAACUCAACUCUCACUGAGCUUCCACCAACAAGGUCUCAGGAUGGUUUCAACCUGCUCCUGCGUCGCCAUGGAGGCUCAAAGAGGAACUCACUACUACGUUGGUGUCAGAGCCAAACACAAGGCUACAAAAAUAUUGACAUCACCAAUUUUAGCAGCAGCUGGGUAGAUGGCCUUGCAUUUUGUGCCGUUUAUCACACCUACCUUCCUUCGCACAUCCCUUAUAGCAGCCUCACUCCACAGAACAAGAGGGAGAAUCUCAGUCUAGCAUUCAAAACAGGCAAGAGUGUUGGGAUUGCCCAAUCUUUGACCGUAGAGGAGAUGCUGCGAGCAGGCGGUCCUGACUGGCAACGGGUCCUGAGCUACGUGGAGAACAUGUAUCGUCACUUUGAAAUGUGACAUACUAUAUGGAUGUACUGACAGUCCUGUCUCAAAGUAGGGAACACUACAGUAUAUACUAUACACUAUUAGCAGUCUCAGAUGAUGGCUCAGUUAGUGCUUAGUUGGAACUGAUGUUCAUUCAGCCAACGUUUACAAUGUGCAGCCUUUUAUACCUGAAGUGAAGCAAAUCCUUACAACAAGAAUAUAAAUGUGAGAAGGACUUGUGUCAAAAUGAUUGUCACAUACUAAAGCAGAAUCUUGAAAUGUAAUGUUUGCCUUGUGUGUACUAUAUGCAGUUGUUCAUUCCAGCUGUUUAAUAACACUGGAAUAAUUAAUUUCCAUACAGUAUGUCUUGAAAAUACAGAUUGUGUGACAAAGAAGGAAAAAAAAAAAACUAUAUUCUACUCUACUGUAUAUGACCACCAUUCUUGUAACGUUGAACAUACAUGUAUGUCUAAGAAGUUUUGAUACCCUGGAUUUAGUUUUUAUUUUACUAUAUUUUAGCUCUGCAAAAAAUAAUAAGACAUUGUAAGAUAUUAAUUGAAAUAUUUCCAAUAUUUUUAUAUUUUGCGUAAAAUUUCCACAUUAAAAAUGACACAAGUGUUUAUCAAUGUAGGCAUAAUGUUAUGACUGUGUAAUUGAUUGUAUUGCAUUAGAUAACACUAGAAGUAGUAGCAGUUUUAGAUAUUGGCAAUUGCCCUGAGCGGCAUUCUUUAGGGGGCACCAUAAGGAUGGGGGGAGAAAUAUUUCUAUUCUUCUGAGCUCAGAGCCCGGUGCCCCUCGAUAUUGCACACAUGAGUGCUGAAAGGGGUCUGGCCGAGACCGCCAAUGAAACUAGAACCGCCACCAGUUAGAAGUUACCUGAAUGGUGCAAAAUAUUGUCUUAUUUCAAAAUUGUCAAAUAUAUAAAACAACAUUUUAAUGUAAAAAAGGAACAUACUGAAUAUUUGUAAUCAAUGUCUCCUAACAGAAUUGAUCAAUCUUUUGCUUUUUUCUUGUGUCAUGUUCCAUUUUCAGAAGACACCAAUUUAAUAACCGUAACAAAAAAAUAAUCUGAAUGGGGUGAAUUUUUUCCAUUUUUCUAUUGAUCAAACCAUUUUCUAAAUCCUUGCGUUUUGUUGUUCUUGACUCUACUCAUUUGUCAUUACCAGUGCCUUGCAAAAGUAUUCACCCUCCUUGGAAUUGUUUUUUUAUUGCCUUACAACCUGGAAUAAAAUGGAUUUGUUGAGG